AUGGAACGACCUUGUAACACCCCUGUUUUUAAUGAAGUUGACUCAACACCGAUUCCUCCAGAAAUACCAGAAGAUGAAGAAUAUCAUUUAAAAUUAUGUUUAUGUCCAUUAUGUAAACAUGGAAUGGAAGUUUUUGGAGUUAAACGACCAGUUUCAUGGAUAUUGAUUUGUCGAGUAAUAUUAUAUUCAUUAAUGGAACUACAUAAAGGAACAGUUUAUUUUUCUUUAAAAGAUGAUAUUCAUGGAUUUGUUGCAGACCAUUGGCAUAUUUUUGGACAAUUAGACCAAUUUAAAACCAAUCCAAAUAGAUGGAAAAAAGCAUUUCUUGAUGGACUUAGUCAUUCACCAUUUUUUCAAAGUGGAACAUUAACAUUAAAGAGACCUAAUUUCUGGAAAUUAAGAAGAAAGGAUUGUCCAUGGGUUAAACAGAAAAAAAGUAGUUUAAUAGAAGAAAAUGAUGAUCAAGGAAUUAAAGAAGGUAAAGAAGAAAUACAACAAAACUCAUUUUUUCAAGCCAUUGGAGAUUCACCUAUGCCUGAAUUUAAUGGAAUUCCAACAAGAGAUAAUGCAAAAGAAUUCCUAAAAACAUCAGUUGAAAAUACUAAGUGUCAAUUAGAUAAGUGUCAAAUAAUUUGUCAAAAUCUUAGUAAAGACCCACAAUUAAAUCAAAAUAUGAAGAUGAUUAACGACCAAUUAAAUUGGAUUCAUAAUUCUCUAAAUGUUAUUUCUGCUAAUAUUGAAACAACAUUGUUUUAA